AUGGCUGAAGGUAGUUCAAUGUGUUACACAUAUGGUCGAUCAAAAGUGUUAAUCAAACAACGUCUUCAGAAAUAUAAACUACAAUGUGAAAAAGUCCAAGAUGCUAUUCAUGAACAUAUGAAACAAAUACCUCCCAAUAUUGACAUGACAAUUAUUACAAAUAUGAUAAAUAAUUUAAUCAAUAAUUAUCAAAGUCAACUUCGUCAUGAACUUGAUCGACGAAAAACAAUGCUCCGACUAGAUGCUGAAGAACAUAAACUCGUAGACAUUUUUUACAAUCUGAAGCCAAGACAAACAGAAAUACAUUCAGCAAAAAUCAAAUGGAAAGCUAUACAUGAGCAACAAGGAAUCCUACACGAAAUUGCGAUAUUUCAAAAAUGGCUUCAACUUCAUAGGCCAGCAUCAUCAUGUACAGUCCCGGAUAUACCAUUACCAACAAUAAAUCGUAUAUUCACUUUAUUAGUUAUCAAUGAAAACCCUUCAUCCACCGAACAUAUGGCUAAAGAAACAAUAGCAAGAGCCGAAACAGUUGCAAAGCAAUACGCAAACAUUGCAGCAGCAGAGAAAACUAAACUGCAAUUAACAAGUACCAAUCGUAAAAAUGUCCAGCUACUCGAUCAAAUCAUCAUAGCUAUCUUUAGACGUGAAAACAACAUGCAACAACGUGGUACAUAUCAAUUAAAACGAAAAGUUGAAAUCAUCUUCAAUCAAACCCAACUAGAAACGGAAGCAUUCAAAUAA